AUGGACAGCGAUACCUUUUCAGCCAAUUCCAGUGACUGCUCUGACCCCUUCUCUCCCACCUCCAGUUGCUCCCCAACACCGCAGUCUGGUGCCUGGAUGAAUUUGUCCCGCCUAGAUGGCAACCUGUCCGACCCGUGCAGCGGUCCCAACGGCUCUCAGGCAGGGGGCGGGGGUCUGUGUCCAAGGAGUGGAAGUCCUUCCAUGGUCACCGCCAUCACUAUCAUGGCUCUUUAUUCAAUCGUGUGUGUUGUGGGACUCUUCGGAAACUUCCUGGUGAUGUACGUGAUUAUCAGAUACACCAAAAUGAAAACAGCUACCAACAUCUACAUUUUCAAUCUAGCCCUGGCAGAUGCCCUAGCAACCAGUACACUGCCUUUCCAAAGUGUUAACUACUUGAUGGGUACCUGGCCCUUUGGCACCAUUCUCUGCAAGAUCGUGAUCUCCAUAGACUACUACAACAUGUUCACCAGCAUCUUUACUCUCUGCACCAUGAGCGUCGAUCGCUACAUAGCUGUCUGUCACCCAGUCAAAGCCCUGGAUUUCCGUACUCCUCGAAAUGCCAAAAUUGUCAAUGUCUGCAAUUGGAUUCUUUCUUCAGCCAUAGGUCUGCCAGUCAUGUUUAUGGCAACCACAAAAACAAGGCAAGGUUCUAUUGAUUGUACACUCACAUUUUCCCAUCCAGCUUGGUACUGGGAAAAUCUGCUGAAGAUAUGUGUUUUCAUAUUUGCCUUCAUCAUGCCUGUCCUCAUCAUUACCGUGUGCUAUGGCCUGAUGAUCUUACGCCUCAAGAGUGUCCGCAUGCUGUCUGGCUCCAAAGAGAAGGACAGAAACCUGAGAAGAAUCACCAGAAUGGUGUUGGUAGUGGUGGCUGUGUUCAUAGUCUGCUGGACCCCCAUUCACAUAUAUGUUAUUAUCAAAGCCUUGGUCACCAUUCCUGAAACUACUUUCCAAACUGUUUCCUGGCACUUCUGCAUUGCUCUAGGGUAUACAAACAGCUGUCUUAAUCCUGUCCUUUAUGCAUUCCUGGAUGAAAAUUUCAAGAGAUGUUUCAGAGAGUUCUGCAUCCCUACUUCCUCUACCAUGGAGCAACAAAACUCAACUCGUAUUCGCCACAACACUCGAGACCACCCUUCCACGGCCAACACUGUUGAUAGGACUAAUCAUCAGGUAUGGAUAGUGUUCAAGAUAUCAUUUCUAGAAUCAGUCAUUCCCACUAAGGGUGACUUGAAUUGA